AUGUUACGCAGAUCAAAACGUAUUUGCAAGUCAAAAGUAACUGAUGCUGUUCCUGUGGAAGAUAAUUCCGAUGAACCCCCAAUCAAACGUAAACGUGAUCAUCGACUAGACGUUUCUGUUAAGGAUUCAACAACUGAAGAUGACAGUUCUGGAGAUGAAUUUGUGCCAACUGAAAAUACUUCUAUAAAAAGUUCUUGUACUUUAAAUUUAUCAGAAUCGGACAGCGAUAAUGAUGCUCAAGACUCUAACAAGACUGAUGCGAAAGCAUUGGAACAGUCUGAUACUGAAAGUGAAGUUGAUGACAAUGUUUGUCAAACAAAUUUUGAUUUCAACACUCUUUUAAAACCUCAAGAUACCACAGAACUUUCCAAAAGUGAUGUGAAAUCUGAGACUGUUGACACCCUUGUGGAAAAUGGUCUUUAUGAUAAUAUGGAUGUUGCUAAAAUCUUAUCUGUGGGAGAAGGAGUUAAUUUAGGAACAGUUUUAAAUAAUGUUGAUGAUACUGUAGAAGAGGAGAUGAAACGCGAUGAUAACUAUACUAUUCCUGAAAUGGUUGAAAUCACUGUUAAACUUCCCAAUGAUAUGAAGUGUAAAAAAGGUCAAGAUAUGGAAAAUAUUCUCAGGAGACGUAUGAAUACAAUAUGUAAAGAUACUCAAGUUUUAAUUCAUAAAGUAAAUCUUCUCUUAUGGAUAUCUUAUGGGAAUCGGUUGAACAGUGUUCUUAAUUCACCAGAAGUCAUGGGAUCAGCAUUGUCUCUAGUACCUUCUAAAAAGGCAUAUCCACCAAAGCAAUGUGAUUUGAAUUAUUUAGAAAAUUAUAUAAAAUGGUUUUCUAAAAAAAUUAAAAUAUCUUCAAAAACCGAUCCAUUAUGUGAAAUAAAUGUAUUAUCUUUGACAGAUCGGUUUUCAAGAUGUGAAGCUAAAACAAGAUAUGAACUGAUUGCAAUGUUUAUUUCUAUGUUGAGAUCAUUAGGAUUGAAUGUACGGUUAGUGAUAAAUUUAAAUGCUGUCUCAAUCAAACCAAGUUCUGAACAAUUAUUGGGUCCUUUAGUAGAUGAUGAUCAUAAUAUUAUGAAACCAUCUUGUAGUAAAUCUAUUGAAGAUAAUAAAAAGAAAACUCCGUCAAAAUCAGAAUAUUUUGAUAAAAAAUCAAGCAAACUUGGAAAUAGUAAAAAAGGACUUGAAACGAAAAAUUCUAAAAUAGAUAGUAAAAAAAAAAAACCCAAAGGUAGUAAAAUUGUGUAUGAAAAUAUUUCUUCAAGUGAUACGGAAGAUGAGAUUUUUGUAAAAAGCAAAAAAAGUGCUAAAUCUGAGUAUUUUAAUAAAACAUCAAACAAAUCACAAUCUGAUUCAAAAAAAUUAAAAUCUGUAAAUGCCAAUAAAAAAGUAACAAAAAAAAAUGCCAAAAUAAGUGAAAAAAUCGAUCGCCGUGUUCUUUCAACUGAUGAAGAAGACCAUACAACACAGAAUAGUGAAACAGUUGCUAAAAAAAAAGUGAAAAAUGACUUUUGGGUGGAAGUAUUUCUGGAAAUGGAAGAAAAAUGGUUUUCUGUGGAUGUUAUUGGUCAGCGUAUACAUUGCAUCAAAGAAAUAUAUAGUGGUACAUCUCAUCCUAUGCGUUAUGUUUUGGCUUGGUAUAAUGACAAUAGUAUUAAAGAUAUUACAAAACGAUAUGAUCCAUAUUUUCAUACACUAACACGAAAAAUCCGAGUGGAUCCUAAAUGGUGGAAAGCUACUUUACGACCUUACACUCCAACAGGGUCAGCUAGAGAACGCGAGGAAGAUGAAGAACUAAAUAAACAAUUGGAAGAAAUACCAUUACCUAAAACGGUUUCUGAGUAUAAAAACCAUCCAUUGUAUGCCCUAUCAAGACACUUGCUAAAAUUUCAAGCCAUAUACCCGCCGGAACCACCAAUUGUUGGACACGUUAGAAAUGAACCAGUUUAUUUACGAGAAUAUGUCCAUGAGCUUAAUGGUAGAGAAAACUGGCUAAAAGAAGCCCGUGUGGUUAAAAUGGGGGAAAAAUGGUAUAAGCAAGUUAAAGCACGUCCUAGAUUUGAUCGGAAUGGUGUGCGAACAGAUCCUCCACCAUUAGAAUUGUUCGGUUAUUGGCAAACUGAACCUUACGAUCCUCCAACUGCUACUAAUGGUCAAGUUCCUAGAAAUUGUUAUGGCAAUGUUGAUUUAUUUAAACCUUGCAUGUUACCCAAAGGAACUGUUCAUCUUCAACUGCCUGGGUUACUGCGUGUAGCGAAAAAACUAAACAUUGAUUGUGCUCCUGCAGUUAUAGGUUUUGACUUUCACGCAGGUGGUUCCCAUCCAGUAAAUGACGGUUUUGUAGUAUGCGAAGAGUAUAAGGACACUUUAAUAGAUGCAUGGAACCAAGAACUUGAAGAAAGCCGUAAGCGAGAGCAAAAAAGAUAUGAAGAUAGAGUUUAUGGUAAUUGGAAACGAUUAGUAAGAGCUCUUCUUAUUCGUGAACGAUUGAAAAUCAAAUACAAUUAUUUUGGAGGUGAUAAAGAAGGACAGUCUACUUCUAAGACAACUGAUAGUAAAAAAUAA